GUUUUUGUUAUGCAUUUAUAAAUUGUGUUUAUUAUUAGAUAACGUUAUGUUAGUAAGAAAAAUAAAUUAUUUCCGCCUAUUGGGCACACGACUAAGCAGCUCUCAUUAUGUGACAACACCAAUAUUCUAUGUCAACGCAGCGCCGCAUAUUGGUCAUCUAUACUCUGCUGUUAUAGCUGAUGCACAUUGUCGCUAUCAGCGACUGCGUUAUCCCGACAGCAAUGUGCGUCUCUGCACUGGCACGGACGAGCAUGGCACGAAGAUUCAACAGGCGGCAGCCACACACAAAGUGCCAGUUGCACAGUACUGCGAUGAGAUAUCGGAACGUUACCGCCAUGUGUUUGGACUGGCGGGCAUAGCGCAUGAUGACUUUAUACGCACCACAGAGCAGCGACACAAAGAAGCUGUUGCGCACUUUUGGCAAAGGCUUCAGGCACGUGGACACAUUUACUCGGCUGCGUAUAGCGGCUGGUAUUGUGUAUCGGAUGAAACAUUUCUGACUGACUCACAGCUGCGCCUGGACGAGAGCAGCGGCAUACGUCACUCCCUAGAGUCCGGACAUCCGGUGGAGUGGACUGAGGAAACUAAUUAUAUGUUUCGCCUGUCACAAUUUCAAGAUGAUGUGCGCCAUUGGGUGCAGCAAGAGGCGCGCAUUAGACCAGCCAAGUUUGAGAAAAUAUUGCUGGACACGCUAAGCGAGCAGCUGCCCGAUGUGUCCGUAUCCAGACCCUCAAAUCGUGUGCAUUGGGCUAUACCCGUGCCCAAUGAUGAGACACAAACCGUCUACGUUUGGCUGGAUGCUUUAAUAAACUAUCUCAGCUCGCUGGGCUAUCCCAAUGAACAGUAUCUAGCACAUUGGCCGCCAGCACAGCAAAUCAUUGGCAAGGACAUACUUAAAUUUCACGGCAUUUACUGGCCUGCAUUUCUUAUAGCCGCUGGCUUGGAGCCACCAAGGCAGCUUUAUGUGCACUCCCACUGGACAGUAGAUGGGCAAAAGAUGUCGAAGAGCAAGCAUAAUGUAGUGGAUCCCCUGCAAGCUGCCCAGCAGUAUACGAUGGAGGGUCUACGCUACUUUCUGCUGCGCGAGGGCGUGGCACACAGUGAUGGCAAUUUCAGUCACGUGAAGGCGCUGCGCAUACUUAACUCGGAACUGGCGGAUACCUUGGGCAAUCUGUUAUCGCGCGCCUGUGCCAAGACGCUGAAUCCGCAACAAAUAUAUCCUAGCCCACAUGUUGAGCACUUGACGGCGCUGCUGCAGGAGCUGGAUGCGGCCAAGCGUUUGCAGGAGCUGCUGCUGCAGUUGGCGGCACGCUGCGAAGAGCACUAUGAGUGCAAUCACUUCCACUUGGUGGCCGACACGACCAUCGCAACGCUGCAUGCUGCCAACAAUUUCUUUGAGUGCGCCAAGCCCUGGGAGCUCAAGCCGGGCGGCAAGGCACCUAAUGCGCCACGCCUUCAGACAAUAAUCGCCAUCACAAUGGAUGCGUUGCGGCUUUGCGCCAUUGUAUUACAGCCAAUGAUACCGCAGCUAACCAGCCAGCUGCUCAAUAAGCUCACUGUGCCCAGCUCCCAACGCAGCUGGCAGCAUUUGUGUCUCAGCUCUGCCAGCAGCAGCAGUAGCAGCAGCAGCCACAGUCGACAGCUGGAUGAGCAAAGCAAUGCGUUGCUAUUUCAGCGCAUUGUGGAGCAGCAGGACAAGUCAACACAGCAGAAGCAGCAGCAGCAACAGCUGCCAGGCAAAGCGAAAAAGCAACGCAAAGCGACAGUUAAAGCAAAUUCUUGAACUGAACAAGCCGAGCACGUAACCGUAAUAAACUCCUACCCAAACUCAAGUAGUUA